UUCUAUGUUGACGUACUUCUGACUUUUCUCUAUCUCUCUCGUCUGAUGUACUUUCUUUCUCUCUCUACCCCCGAACCAGUUUGAACGUGCAGAUCGGCGAUCUACGCUCUUUCACUCUCUUGUCUCUUUCUUUUCAUGUUUCUCUCCCCGAACGAAGAUCAGCUUAAGCUUUGAGAAAACGAGACCCAACUGAGGCUAGCAGAACCGGAGUGAAGCUCUCUGAGCAAACAACAACCAAACUGAAUGGUGAAUAACUCCAUCAACGUGCAGAUCGGCGAGACCCAGAAGUUUAAACACCAUGAACUCCGGCGAGCUUCAGUUCAUUACAGAGAUCUCCGGCGAGCUCUCUUACUCUCUCUACCAGACCAUUCUACCAGACCAGGAAGCAAAUCGAACACUACCAACGCGCCGAACAAACUGAAGCUAGCAGAACCGGCGUGAAGCUCUGACCAAACAACCACCAAACUGAACGGUGAAGAACUCCAAUGUGAAGACCGGCGAGACCCAGACGUUUAAACACCAUGAACUACAGAGAUAAACCAAUCUCCGUGAACAGUUCCGGCGAACCCAGUAACAGAUCCAGAAGUUCCGGCAUGCUCCUGUUUAGGCAAACUUCAGUUUCGGUGAGUCAAUCCGGCGAGACGAGAAAUUCCGGUGAGCUUCAGAGAUAAAAAAGGUCCUGCGAAGCUUAAAUCUUCUCGAACCAACUGCAGCAACCAGAAGCACAACUUGAGCUUCAACGUUCGAACUCCAUGUUUUCCGGCGUGUCUCAGGACGUCGACCCAGAAGUUUAUACACCGGCGACCUUCAGUCAGAGCACAGAUCAACCAAUCGCCGUGAACAGUUCCGGCGAAGCUCGAACCCAUUAACAGACCAGAAGUUUAAACACCAUGAACUCCGGCGAGCUUCAGUUCAGUACAUUACUAAUAAAUCAAAUGGAUUGAAAUUUGAUUUCGGCGAACCCUUUAACAGAUCCAGAAGUUCCGAAGUGCUCCUGUUUAGGCAAACUUCAGUUUCGGUGAGUCAAUCCGGCGAUACGAGAAGUUCCGGUGAGCUUCAGAGAUUAAAAAAAGGUCCAGCGAAGCUUCAAUCUUCUUGACCCAACUGCAGCAACCAGAUGCACAACUUAGCGUCAACGUUCAAACUCUAUGUUUUCCGGCGGUUUCAGACGUCGACCAGGAAGUUUAAACACCAUGAACCACGGCGACCUUCAGUUCAGAGCACAGAUCAACCAAUCGCCGUGAACAGUUCCGGCGAACCUCCAUUAACCGUUGGGCAAACUUCAGUUUCGGUGAGUCAAUCUGGCGACAAGCUCCGGUGAGCUUCGGAGAUAAAACAAGGUCCGGCGAAGCUUCAAUCUGCUCGACCCAACUGCAGCAACCAGAAGCACAACUUGAAGCAGCUACAACGUUCAAACUCCAUGUUUGCCGGCGUGUUUCAGCGAUGACCGACGCGAGCUACAACAAACAACGUCGACCAAACUUCCGAGACAAGUUUAAGUCCGGCGACUAGAGUUCUAUAAAUCCGGCGAGGCUCAAUCCACUCUGGCGAGUUUCAAUGAGUUGCCGGUGCAAACUUCAGGCGUAGCUUCAGUUCGUAGCACCUCAGUUACGGUGACCAGGCUCUUUCGGCGAGCUUCAAUUACUCCCAACUGCUCAGGCGAGUUUCAGUGUGUUGCCGGUGCAAACUUACCGACCCAAAAACUCCAUGUUUUCUGGCGUGUUUCAGCGAUGACCGACGCGAGCUACAACAAACAACGUCGACCAAACUCCAGAGACAAGUUUAAGUCCGGCGACUAGAGUUCUAUAACUUCGGCGAGUUUCAGUGAGUUGCCGGUGCAAACUUCAGGCGUAGCUUCGGUUCGUUGCACCUCAGUUAGUUACGGUGACCGGGGUGUUUCGGCGAGCUUCAAUUACUCCCAACUGGUCAGGCGAGUUACAGUGUGUUGCCGGUGCAAACUUACCGACCCAAAAACUCCAUUUUUUCCGGCGUGUUUCGGCGAUGACCGACGCGAGCUACAACAAACAACGUCGACCAAACUUCAGAGACAAGUUUGAGUCCGGCGACUAGAGUUCUAUAACUCCGGCGAGGCUCAAUCCACUCCGGCGAGUUUCAGUGAGUUGCCGGGGCAAACUUCAGGCGUAGCUUCAGUUCGUAGCACCUCAGUUACGGUGACCAGGCUGUUUCGGCGAGCUUCAAUUACUCCCAACUGCUCAGGCGAGAUUCAGUGUGCUGCCGGUGCUAACUUACCGACCCAAAAACUCCAUGUUUUCCAGCGUGUUUCAAUUCGUAGCACCUCAGUUAUGGUGACCAGGCUGUUUCGGCGAGCUUCAAUUACUCCCAACUGCUCAGGCGAGAUUCAGUGUGUUGCCGGUGCUAACUUACCGACCCAAAAACUCCAUGUUUUCCGGCGUGUUUCAGCGAUGACCGACGCGAGCUACAACAAACAACGUCGACCAAACUUCAUAGACAAGUUUAAGUCCGGCGACUAGAGUUCUAUAACUCCGGCGAGGGUCAAUCCACUCCGGCGAGUUUCAGUGAGUUGCCGGCGCAAACUUCAGGCGUAGCUUCAGUUCGUAGCACCUCAGUUGCGGUGACCAGGCUGUUUGGGCGAGCUUCAAUUACUCCCAACUGCUCAGACGAGUUUCACUGUGUUGCCGGUGCAAACUUACCGACCCAACCAGUUUUUUCUCAGUGACCUAGUGAAAACCCAUAUCCGGUCAGGUCCCGGUGAGCUUCUUCCGUAUAGAUUUUUUAUAAAUAAUUAUAAAUAAAGGGUAGUUUUGGAAAAAAAUCAUUAUUUAUAAAGUAUAGACUUAUUUGUAAAUAAUUUUUGAAACAUACGACUUCUUGAUCUUCUAAAAAAAAAUUUAGGACUAAUUUGUGUUUAAAAUUGAAAAGUAUAAACUUAAUACCGUAAAAACUACGGUAUUCAGGGGUGGAGCCAGUGUGUGCCCUUGGCCUGGCCCGCCUAGCAUAUAAAUAUGGUUAUGUUUUAAUUUACUUUUGCAUUUAUAAAAAAAUUUCUAUUUAAUGCCCCCCUAAAGUUUUUAAUUUCUAAAAUUUAUGUCCUAAAUUUUUCUUUCUUUUCACUUAUGCUCUUAAAAUUCCUUUGAUUUCCUAAAAAAAAAAAAAAGGUUAAAUUUUCUUCUUCAAUCAGAGUCUAAUUCUUUCCUUAAAAAUAUCUCAUCUUUCUUUCCUUUUUCUUCUUCUUUUCAUGGUUUUCUUUUCUUUUAUUGGCAUAUUUUCUUGUUUGUGAUUCUAUUCUCUUUUGGCUGAUUAUGUUAACCAAGUGAGAUCACCUUAGUGUAACGUUGUUCAAAACCACCCUUUUUGCAUGCUUGGUUCAGUUCAAGACCAUUGUUACGUUGGUAUGGACAUGACUUGUUGUCUUUUGAGAUUAUGGAUCUUAAAGAUUGAUAUGGUCAUAUAUACUGAUGAACUUUCGGUGGAAUGUGUGCUAUUGCUGGCAUUUGUCUGUAUGUUAUACUUUACACAUGAACUAUCCUUUUUGGGAAGAUUGCGUUCUGUAUGCUUCUAACAUGUUUAAGUUGUGCAGAUUAUGGAUUUGAUCAAGGCUAAAAAAAAAUCUAAAUGAAUUUAAAAUUAUAUUCUCUCUUUUUGUUUCAAUUCCAUUUAUUAGGCUCAUGGGUCACCUCUUUCCGUAUGCAAAGAUACCAUAUCAGGGUGGGUUGAGUUAUGGAAGGCAGACUAGAAAUCUCGAUCUUGUGUUCGAAAGAAAUGAAGAGAAUAAUACAAUAUCUACUAGGUUGAAAUCAGAAAAGAUUUUGCAUAGAACCGGGUUUGGUAUUGGAGAUGCAAUUGCUGGUGCUUGUACCUUUGUUUUUGUUGGCUGAUCACCUAUUCAAAGACGGUUGUAAUGGGCACACACCAAUUAUUAUAUUGAACAGGGGCCUUCGAUCCAGUCAGAGAUAUCAUACUAGGUAUGAUACUGGAAAGCAUCAAGCUACUGAAUAUUUUGAAUGGGGUGGUGACUUGGGAUCUCAACCCCUGGGGCGUCGAUUGAAAAUUUUCAGUUGCUCCAUUGCUGGAACUGAAUGCGAGAACAAGGAAUGGAAAUUCAAGGUAAGUGGAGGAUAUUCUGUGAGCUCUCAUUUCAAUGGGCUAAGAGCAUAUUCAACUCUCCCUCCUCCUCGGCUCGUAGACAAUGAUUUUGACUUGAAUGAUAACCAUUCAUUUCUCGUACGUUCGGGCACAUUGAUUUCAGCGGGUGAAUUUGUGUCUAAGCUUGAGGGUUCUCCUAGAGUCGUCUACAUGUCUCUUGCUGAAUAUGAAAAUUGGUUGUCCAGUGGUUUCGAUAUGUUAUAUUUUAAAAGGAGGUUGAUGGAGAAUUCGAUGUGUGUUGUUGAGACUGGUGUGGAAUUAGUGGAGUCGGUUAGGUAUUGUAAGAGAGAAUUGAGGGAUAGUUCAUUUGUUUGUGCAUAUGUGGAUGGUUCUUUUGAUCCAAAAAGCCAUGAAGCUAGCAUAGGGGUGGUGUUUGUAGAUGUUUCAGGAAAGUAUCUAUAUCAUAUAUCUGAACGAAUAGGUCGUGUGACUCAUGCUGAAGAAGCCGAGUUAAAUGCUCUCACAGAAGCUGUUAGUUUUGCGAAGUGGAUGAGGUGGAGCAACUUAGUUGUCUAUUCAGACUGUCUGAAUAUGGUUAAUGGUCUAAGGGAGCCGCCCAACGAACAGUAUUCUAAAGCACGAAAGAAAUUUCCCGAGACCUACGCAGAGAGGAAUAAAGCUGCGGACUACUGUUCGUAUGCUGCAUUGAGGAACCACUCUUGUGACCAAAAGCGUAUUGAGAAACUUGUCUUUCAGGAUCACACUAUGAUGAGUUUAAGGUUUGUGCAGAAGAAACUCUCUAUCAAAGAGUUUGCUGGAAAAAAAGUUGUGACUGCAGAUGGAGUGGUUGUUUCUUGACCUUCCAGAUGAACAAGGAUGAGUUUUGGUGGUGCUCGAAAUUUUGGUGUUGCUCGAAAUUUUGGUGUUGCAUAUUCGUCUUCUGAUACUGACUCUACUUUAGAAUUUUCUAAUGAGCCCAUUUGAGUCUUGUGCAGCUCGGUGGUUAAAUAUUGUGGUUAUAAUAAUCUUGAACAUGGGUAUAUAUCGGUUGUUUAUUAUAUAGUUGAAUAUUUCUCUGAUUGGGAAAUUGUGGAUGUCAUAUGGAUGAAUAUGUCGUGGGAAUAUCAUGGCGGUUUAUUAUAUUUCUGGUGUCGGUUUAUUAUAUAGUUGAAUAUAUCUCUCUGAUUGCGAAA